ACCCAUCCCCCCUCCCACAUACGCCGCCUCCCCUCCCCUCGCCCCUCCCAGAUCUCGACAGCCUCCCCCGCCGCCGCCGGCCGGUCCGCCGAGGCUCGCCGCGCCGCCACUGAGCGCUCAUCAUGGUUAGGAAGAAAAGAACCGGCACCGGAGAGAGUUCCGGAGAGGCUUCGGGAGCUCCUGGACAGGGUUCCUCGCAGCCAGCUGAGAGAGCCCCUCCUCAACAGCAUGGCGGUGGUGGUGGACGUGGUUGGGUGCCUCAACAAGGUGGCCGUGGCGGUGGGCAACACCUAGGCCGUGGCGGUGGACAGUAUCAGGGCCGUGGUGGCCCACCUGAAUAUCAACAGCGUGACUACCAGGGCCGUGGACAAGCAGGUGGUGGUCUACCAGAAUAUCAACAGCGUGACUAUCAGGGCCGUGGACAAACAGGCGGUGGUCCACCAGAAUAUCAACAGCGCGGCCCUCAGGGCCGUGGAAAUUCAGGUGGUGGUCCACCUGAAUAUCAACCGCGCGGCCCUCAGGGCCGUGGAAAUCCAGGUGGUGGUCCACCUGAAUAUCAACCGCGCGGUCCUCAGGGCCGUGGGCAUCAAGGUGGGGGUCCACCUGAAUAUCAACCGCACGACCCUCAGGGACGUGGACAUCCAGGUGGUGGUCCACCUGAAUAUCAACCGCGCGGCCCUCAGGGCCGUGGACAUCCAAGUGGGGGUCCACCUGAAUAUCAACCGCGCGGCCCUCAGGGCCGUGGACAUCCAGGUGGGGGUCCAUCUGAAUAUCAACCGCGCGACCCUCAGGGUCGUGGUGGUCCACCUGAAUACCAACAGCAUGACUAUCAGGGACGUGGUGGCCCACGCCCUAGAGGGGGUGGAAUGCCGCAGCCAUCCUAUGGCGGGCAUAGGGGAGGACGUGGAGGACACAAUGUUCCUCCAGGUCAGUCAAGAACAGUUCCCGAGCUGCACCAAGCACCAGAUGUCCAAUAUCAAGCCCCGGUGGUUUCACCAUCCGCAUCGGGAGCUGGCUCAUCCUCUCAGCCCGUGGCAGAGGUGAGCAGUGGACAAGUCGAGCAACAGUUUCAGAAACUUGACAUCAGUGAUCAAAGUUCGACGAGCCAAGCCAUUCAACCGGCACCUGCAUCAAGCAAAUCAGUUCGAUUCCCAUUGCGCCCUGGAAUGGGUAAAUGUGGGGAUCGGUGUGUGGUGAAAGCCAAUCAUUUCUUCGCGGAGCUCCCUGAUAAAGACCUUCACCAAUACGACGUGACCAUAACGCCAGAGGUUACAUCGCGCGGUGUUAAUCGUGCUGUGAUUGCAGAACUUGUAAAGCUGUAUAGACAAUCUCAUAUGAAUGGACGUCUGCCUGCCUAUGAUGGAAGGAAGAGCCUUUAUACAGCUGGGCCAUUACCAUUUACUACGAGGACAUUUGAAAUCGCUCUGCAAGAUGAAGAUGAAGGCCUCGUUGGUGGGCAAGCCACACCAAGGCGUGAGAGACAAUUCAGAGUGGUCAUCAAGUAUGCUGCCCGUGCUGAUCUCCAUCAUUUGGCUAUGUUUCUAGCCGGGAGGCAACCAGAUGCACCUCAAGAAGCUCUUCAGGUGCUUGACAUUGUGCUACGGGAAUUGCCUACUGCCAGGUAUUCCCCAGUUAGUAGAUCAUUUUAUUCUCCCAACCUAGGGAGACGUCAGAGACUUGGGGACGGAUUGGAAAGUUGGCGUGGAUUUUACCAAAGUAUAAGACCUACUCAGAUGGGGCUUUCGCUGAAUAUUGAUAUGUCUUCUACAGCAUUUAUCGAGCCUCUCCCUGUGAUUGAGUUUGUUGCUCAGCUUCUGUGCAGAGACAUCUCAGUUAGACCGCUCACUGAUUCAGAUCGUGUGAAGAUUAAGAAAGCCCUACGAGGUGUAAAGGUUGAGGUUACACAUAGAGGAAACAUGCGUAGGAAAUACCGUAUAUCUGGCCUCACAUCACAAGCAACGCGAGAGCUAUCAUUCCCUGUUGAUGAUCGCGGUACUGUGAAGACUGUGGUGCAAUACUUCCUGGAGACGUAUGGUUUCAAUAUUCAGCACACCACUUUACCAUGCUUGCAAGUCGGUAAUCAGCAAAGGCCAAAUUAUCUCCCCAUGGAGGUUUGUAAAAUUGUUGAAGGACAACGCUACUCAAAACGACUGAAUGAAAAACAAAUAACUGCUCUACUGAAAGUGACUUGCCAGCGCCCUCAAGAGCGUGAGAAGGACAUCUUGCAGACUGUGCAUCACAAUGCGUACUACGAAGAUCCAUAUGCACAGGAAUUUGGCAUAAAAAUUGAUGAGCAACUUGCAUCGGUUGAAGCUCGUGUUCUGCCUCCGCCAAGGCUUAAGUACCAUGAUAGUGGCAGAGAGAAGGAUGUCUUACCCAGGGUCGGCCAGUGGAACAUGAUGAACAAGAAAAUGGUCAAUGGUGGUAGAGUCAGCCACUGGGCAUGUAUUAACUUCUCUCGGAAUGUGCAAGAUAAUGCUGCCAAGGUUUUCUGUCAUGAGUUGGCUAUAAUGUGCCAAAUAUCUGGAAUGAACUUUGCACCUGAACCUGUGCUGCCCGUACUUAGUGCGAGGCCUGAACACGUGGAAAGAGCUCUGAAGGCACGUUAUCAUGAUGCCAUGAACGCAAGCAAUCCCCCAGGCAAAGAACUUGACCUGCUAAUUGUUAUACUGCCGGAUAAUAAUGGUUCUCUUUAUGGGGAUCUUAAAAGGAUUUGUGAGACUGAACUAGGAUUGGUAUCCCAGUGUUGUCUUACAAAACAUGUGUUUAAGAUGAGCAAGCAGUAUCUUGCAAAUGUAGCUCUUAAAAUCAAUGUUAAGGUCGGGGGAAGGAAUACUGUACUCGUGGAUGCUUUGGCAAGGAGGAUUCGCCUUGUUACUGACCGACCGACCAUAAUAUUUGGUGCUGAUGUUACACAUCCUCACCCUGGAGAAGAUUCCAGCCCUUCCAUUGCAGCUGUGGUUGCUUCUCAAGACUGGCCUGAGAUAACUAAGUACGCAGGAUUAGUGAGUGCCCAAGCCCAUAGGCAAGAGCUGAUACAGGAUCUUUUUAAAGUAUGGCAAGAUCCCCAAAGAGGAACUGUGACUGGCGGCAUGAUCAAGGAGCUUCUCAUAUCUUUCAAGAGGGCAACUGGGCAGAAACCUCAGAGAAUCAUAUUUUACAGGGAUGGUGUCAGCGAGGGACAGUUCUACCAAGUUCUGUUGUUUGAACUUGAUGCCAUUAGGAAGGCCUGUGCAUCCUUGGAGCCAAAUUAUCAGCCUCCAGUUACUUUUGUGGUUGUCCAGAAGCGUCACCACACUAGGCUUUUUGCUAACAAUCACAAUGAUCAGCGUACUGUCGAUAGAAGCGGGAACAUACUGCCUGGCACCGUUGUUGAUUCGAAGAUCUGCCAUCCGACAGAAUUCGAUUUCUACUUGUGUAGCCAUGCUGGCAUUCAGGGAACAAGCCGGCCUGCCCACUAUCAUGUUCUCUGGGACGAGAACAAAUUUACUGCUGAUGAGUUGCAAACUCUCACAAACAACCUGUGCUACACGUAUGCUCGAUGCACCCGCUCUGUAUCGAUUGUUCCUCCUGCAUACUAUGCCCAUCUGGCAGCCUUCCGGGCUCGGUUCUACAUGGAGCCGGACACCUCCGACAGCGGGUCCGUGGCGAGCGGUGCACGUGGCGGUCCUCCACAGGGCGGUCCACGCAGCAGCACCAGGUUUGGGAACGUUGCUGUCAGGCCUCUCCCCGCCCUCAAGGAAAACGUCAAGCGCGUCAUGUUUUACUGCUAAGAUCCUCGCAGUUACCGUGAGGUAACUUGAAGCACCUGUGAGUCGUAUUGGUGAUGCUGUUCAACACCAUUGUGGGAACCUAAACCAAAGUUAUCUGCUGUACUCUGUUUCAACACCAUUCUAAGUACCUGCACCGGAUUGGUGACUAGUGUGGCCGGUGCACAAACCUUUUAAGCUAUUCGACUGAAUUGGGCGUCAUUUGUCUGUUGCGUUGCGCCGGUGCUGCUGCGAGAAGCUUUUGCUUUCAUGGCUGUGCCGCGUGAGAUAUCUGCCUAGUCCUAUAUUUGUAUCACUGGUGUUUAAAAUAUUUAUGAACCUAUGUCAAGGAAUCACUUGCUAGCA